AUGGCAGAAAUAAGUGAAAAAUACAAUACAAAAUGUCCUGGUGUGAAACGUCUUAUGAGAGAGGCCAUGGAGCUAGCGGAGGCUACAGAGGAAUAUUGUGCUCGUCCUUUAGAAGAUAACUUGUUUGAAUGGCAUUUCACCGUACAAGGUCCUAAAGGUACAGAUUUCGAAGGUGGUAUCUACCAUGGUAGAAUAUUAUUGCCUAAAGAAUAUCCUAUGCACCCGCCUCAUAUAAUACUUUUAACGCCAAACGGAAGAUUCGAAGUCAACAAAAAGAUUUGUUUAUCGAUUUCUGGUCAUCACCCCGAGACUUGGCAACCAUCCUGGUCAAUAAGAACUGCUUUAUUGGCUUUGAUUGCUUUUAUGCCAACUCCAGCUGAGGGUACUAUUGGCUCGCUCGACUAUUCGCCUGCAGAGCGUAAAAUACUUGCGAAGAAGUCUGUAACUUGGGUAUGUCCACAAUGUGGUGAAAUAUCUGCUCUAUUGUCAUCAACAGCAGCAAAGCCAAUUACUGAGGAAGAAAAGUCAGUGUUAAAUCAAAUUGCUUUCAAAGCAGAAGAGGAACAGACUGCUAAGCCCCCAGAAGAACCUGUUAUUGAGCCAGAACCUCAAGUGUUGGAGUCAUCUGAACCUACUAAUAGCUUUUUGGAUCAGCUCACUGAAAUACUGGUUGCUCUGUUGGUGGGAGCCAUUGGUAUUUUCAUUUACAGACGCUGGAAUGCACACUACCCUGCUUCCGAGACAGAGCUGUAA